AUGAGCUUUGGGAAUGACUCUUCGGUAAGCUCUUUCUUCUCUUCCUCUGUUUCGAUUUCUCCUCCCUCAAUCCCUAGAAAAACCACCAAAACCCUCGCGCAAACCAAACCUACACACGGUGGAGCUACCUCUUCCCAGCGGCCGUCCGUUUCGAAACCUUCCACAGCCCCCACGAAACUCCCUUCCAAAGCCUCGAAAGCUACCGUUACCCCUCCGGCCAAGAUCCCUCAACCUAAACCUAAAACCCCUCAACCAAAACCCAAAAAUACCCUCAAGCCAAGGGCCAAGACACCUACAAAACCAAGGACACGUCCGUCAUCUACGGUCACUUUCAAACCCUACACCAAGCCUGCCCCACCACCAGUCAUCCCUAACAUCACUAUGGUAGGUGCAAUGCAUAAUCCACUCCAAGCCUAUGCCCACAACGCACCAUUACCAGCGGUGCAUCCACCACCUCCACUUUCUAUCGAGCCCUUGGCCACCAUUUAUCCCGUGGAAUCAGACACGUCGAGCCAACCACCUUCUUCGCCCAUCCUCAUAUCUUCCUCUGGGACGCCUCAUACCCCAGUGGGCACCCCUUCAUUUACUCCACCCAUACCACCCUCUGACAGUCCUGCAUCGAGCGCAAUCUUGAAGAGUUGGCAGAAUUGGCUCGAUUAG